UUUUGGUUUAUUUUCUUUUUAAUACUGAGGGAAUUUUCCCUGAAUUUUUCAAAAUUUUUAAUACAAUGGACGAAUCAGAAUUGUUGUUUAAUCUAUUUUAUAUACUAUUAUGUAUGUGUAUUGUGUUUCCUCCGGAAGAAUUUCAACGUUUAGGUUUUACGAUCGAAGAAUUUGGCGCCCGGUUACUGGGCGAUGAGAAAAUUAAUUUUAUACUUUAUCAUCAGCGACGCACUUGCCUAAAUCUAUUCGUACACAGUUGUCUUCCGGCUGCGUAUUUUCUAAUACAUCAACUGAAGUUUUCAGUAUUUGCAGUAAAGGAACCACCAGAGGCAGACCUUGACCCUGAUUUUCCAAUGCCACAGGAAGCAGUGGCGUUCAAAACACUUACAUGGAAAAUAGCUCAACGAUUUAGUUUAAUAGCAGUUUUAGCUGUACCAGCGAUAAUAUUUAAUUGGAAACAUCAAAACUGGAAACGUCAUCCGAUCAGUUUAACCUUAAAUAAAUUUUCGAAUGGCCCACAUAAUUAUUUACCUGUUGCAACGGAUAUAAGUGCAGAAUUUCGAAGGUACGACAUAUAUAAAAAGAAGUUAAAUUCUAUUUCAACUGUGAUUGCAACACAAAAUUGGAUAAUAAAAACUUCAUUGUAUAAUGUCAACUUCGCCCAUCAAAGUGAUACCUCCCUGUCAGUAGCAAAGACGGAAACAUAUAAUGUGUCACAAGACUCGAAUGACACGCUGCAAAUGAUUAGCAUUAAAGUGAAGACUAAUCGUCAAGGUAUACCUGACUUUAAUAUCCGCAUUAAUGCGCUGGAAUUUCGUAAUUUAGAAGAACGUAUAACUCGACCAAUAUCCAUACCAGCAAAUAUACAAUUUCAUAGGAAUGUAGUUGAUCGUUUCGUUGAUGUGUUCAAGGAACAUGUAGCACUUAAUCCCAUCUAUAAAGCAGACCUUAUUGCAGACAAAUGUUUCGCUUGUAUGGUAGCGGAGCCCAACAUCAAAAUACGUAAGCAAUGUGAAGAUGUUGAUAAUGAAGGCCGUCCAUUAGUACCGGAUAACGUCUGUUCAGAUUGCUAUUGUCGUCCAAUGUGGUGUGUUGAGUGUCUAGCAAGAUGGUUUGCCGCACGCCAAAAUGAAUUCGAUCGUGAAGUCUGGCUUGAACAGAAAUGCAGUUGUCCAAUGUGUCGCGCGAAAUUUUGUAUAUUAGAUGUAAGUUAUAUUGAAAGAAGGAAUAAUAGUGCUGGAGAUGGCAAUAAUAUCGAAACAUAAUACAAAGUUAACGUAAAGAAUUGUUGAUUAAACUAAAGCCAGUGUUCACAGCAAAUUAUAAGUAAAUAUUUAACAAAUGACUAAAUAAACUGCGACUAAAAAUAGUUUUUUCUUCAACUCAA